CCAAUUCCCAAAAUAAAUAUAUUGAAGAGAAAAUAAUUAUUACUUCUGCCAAAUAAAUUUACACAACGCAAUGAUAAUUAUAUACGAAUAUUUGCACAUAAUACUCCCCUAAUUAUUUCUUCCAAAUAAAUUCAUUAGGGAUAAUUGAUUGAAAGUAAUUGAAUAGAUGAAUAAAUUGACGUGGGACGAGUGAAUAAAUGGGAGAAGAAAUGAAUUUCCUGAGUUGAUGGAAAAACUGGAGAAAAAUCGUGUGAGUGGCGAUGAAAUAGCGAUAGAUCGAUGAAUAAUUGACAGAAGACAAUCGACCAGUAAAAAAUCGAAGGCUUGGGCCACAGCUGUUGAUAAUUCGUUAGUGAUUGAAGACACGAUGUAUCGUCGGUUAAUCCCCAAGACAAAAUUCAAAGCGCAAUAUCGAAAUGUGUCAAAACCUGCGACGAGGAUGAAGGAGAAUCCCGAGAGGAUGCAGUCCUGGCAGAUUCACACCUACGGGGACACGAAGGAGCUGAAGCUGGCGAGUGUCAGGAUGCCGGUUAUCUCAAGGCCAACUGAUGUUCUUGUUCAGGUUCAAGCUGCCAGUGUCAAUCCCAUCGACGUUGACAUGUUGCAUGGUUAUGGAGCAAAAGUGCUGAACCUCUUGAGAAAAGCGAAGAAUCUGAAGACUGAUAUCGAAUUUCCUCUAACGAUGGGUCGAGAUUUCUCCGGUGUCGUCGUAGGAAAGGGUCAUGGAAUUCGAGAUGAAUCUCUCAAAUUAGGGGAUGAGGUGUGGGGGGUGGUACCUGUGGAGCUCCAGGGGUGUCAUGCCACUCAUGUAGUCGUCAGUCACGAUCUGGUACGUCUCAGGCCCAAAAUGCUGUCCUACAUUGAAGCUGCGAGUAUUCCAUACGCAGGAUUGACCGCCUGGUCUGCGUUAUGGAUCACCGGAGGUUUGUGCUACAAAACUUCGCUUCCAACGAUUCUGAACAAGAGAAUAUUGAUUCUUGGAGGUUCUGGAGGAGUAGGAACUCUUGCAAUUCAACUCGCGAAGGCCUGGCACAUGCAGGUCAUCACCACGUGCAAUAGUGAUGCUGUCAACGUCCUGGAGAACCUGGGAGCUGACGUUGUCAUUGACUACAAGGCCGAGGACUCUGAUGACUUGAUUAAAAACGAAGGACCGUAUGAAAUCAUACUGGACUGUGCAAAUCAGGGUCCAGAGCUGGUGAGACAGAAGGGAUUCGAGUGCGGGACGUACAUAACUCUCAACUCUCCUCUCCUGAGGAACGUGGACGAACUGGGGUACGUCGGGGGAGCCUUCAAGAACCUCGCAGACCUCCUGAAGUACAAUAUUCCUUUAAAAGAGAACAAGAGUUUCGUAAAGUGGGGAUUUUUUGCCCCUUGCUCAGCGGGAAUGAAAACACUCCAGGAACUCGUGGAGGAUGGAAAAAUCACUCCAGUGGUGAAGAAGGUAUACCCCUUCGAGGAACUCCCCAGGGCGUACGAGAGAGCCACCCAGGGCCACCUUAGAGGCAAACUAGUAAUCGAUCUUCAGAGUAGAAACGAAUAGAAAUCUGCAGUCGACUUGAUUAAAUUUUUUAUUCUCCUGUUAUCAAAUUUCGUUUUUCAGCUCAAUUAAAAUUAAAUUAUUUU